AUGGUGUGGGGAAAGUGGCGUGGGGUGGGGCAAGUGGCGUGGCGUGGGGUGGGGCAAGUGGCGUGGCGUGGGGUGGGGCAAGUGGCGUGGCGUGGGGUGGGGCAAGAGGCGUGGGGUGGGGUGGGGCAAGAGGCGUGGCGUGGGGCGGGGCAAGUGGCGUGGGGCGGGGCAAGUGGCGAGGGGUUGGGCGGGGCAAGUGGCGUGGGGUGGGGCGGGGCAAGUGGCGUGGGGUGUGGCGGGGCAAGUGGCGUGGGGUGUGGCGGGGCGGGGCAAGUGGCGUGGGGUGUGGCGGGGCGGGGCAAGUGGCGUGGGGUGUGGCGAGGCGGGGCAAGUGGCGUGGGGUGUGGCGGGGCGGGUCAAGUGGCGUGGGGUGUGGCGGGGCGGGGCAAGUGGCGUGGAGUGUGGCGGGGCGGGGCAAGUGGCGUGGGGUGUGGCGGGGCGGGGCAAGUGGCGUGGGGCGGGGCAAGUGGCGUGGGGUGUGGCGGGGCGGUGCAAGUGGCGAGGGGCGGGGCAAGUGGCGUGGCAAGUGGCGAGGGGCGGGGCAAGUGGCUAGGGGCGGUGCAAGUGGCGAGGGGCGGGGCAAGUGGCGAGGGGCGGGGCAAGUGGCGAGGGGCGAGGCAAGUGGCGAGGGGCGGGGCAAGUGGCGAGGGGCGGGGCAAGUGGCGUGGGGCGGGGCAAGUGGCGUGCGGCGGGGCAAGUGGCGUGCGGCGGGGCAAGUGGCGUGCGGCGGGGCAAGUGGCGUGGGGCGGGGCAAGUGGCGUGGGGCGGGGCAAGUGGCGUGGGGCGGGGCAAGUGGCGUGGGGCGGGGCAAGUGGCGUGGGGCGGGGCAAGUGGCGUGGGGCGGGGCAAGUGGCGUGGGGCGGGGCAAGUGGCGUAGGGUGGAGCAAAUGUAGAGGGAUGGAUGGGAGAGGUGGAGGUGGAGGUGGAGAGGGUGUAGGUGAGGGUGGAGUUGGAGCAGGUGGGGUGGGAAUGGAGAAGGGUGGAACAGUAAGUGGGUGCAGGUCAGAGGUGAGGAGAAGGAUGUGA